AUGCUAGACGCGACGGAGGGCAAGUGGCGAUCCUCCUUCAUGGAUGUCUUCAGUGGGUAUAACCAGAUAAAAAUGGAUCCAUCAGACGGAAAGAAGACGGCGUUCCAAACUCCGUAUGGAAAUUUCUAUUACGUAGUAAUGCUAUUUGGCUUGAAAAUUGCGGGUUCCACGUACCAACGCGCUAUGACCUACAUAUUCCAUGAUCUACUAAAUCAAAUAGUAGAAGUUUACGUUGAUGACAUCGUGGUCAAGACGCAAGCAACUGAAGACCACGUAUCCCACCUAAAGACGGCUUUCGAGAGCUGCAGAAAGUUCAAGCUUAAAAUGAAUCCUCUCAAAUGCUCGUUCGGCAUGGAAUCGGGGAAGUUCUUAGGAUUUGUGUUCGGCGAUAGGCGCAGUCCUGGCACAAGACAUGGGAGGGGAAUAGCUAUCACCUAUUUAUUAUGUCAGUCGAGUCCUAAGGGACGCGGAGUUGAGAUAUCCGCGGGUGGAGCAAGCAUUCCUAGCCUUUAUCGACGCAACACAGAAACUGAUACCUAUCUCUUGACACACGAGACCAUCGUGGUAGCUGCGGCAAACCCCAUAACUUAUCUGGCGUCUAAACCUGUCCUCGCCGGAAGAACUGCUCGAUGGUUGCUACAACUGUCCGAAUUCGAUCUCAAAUACCAACGAGCCAAAGCAGUAAGAGGAAAGGCGAUCGCCGACUUAAUGGCUAUGUUUCCAGGAGAAGGGCACAAUGAGGUACAUGGAUACUUACCCGGAGAAGUGGCAGUCGCGGAUACUGACAAAAAGUGGACCAUUUUCUUUGAUGGGUCAUCGUACGACACCGUCGGGGGAGACGGUGUAGUGUUUGAAUCCCCGCAAGGCGAGUUACUCUCGUAUUUAUUCAAACUGGAUUUCCCGUGCAGUAAUAAUGUCGCUAAGUAUGGAGCAUUAAUCCUAGGACUCCGAAUGGCUAAGGAACUCAAUAUAGGAAGCGUGGAAGUUAAAGGCGAUUCAAAGAUCGUGACAAAUCAAGUGAAUGGCGAUUUAUACGUCAAAGAAUCACACCUGGCACCUUACCGGGAAGAGGCUCAAAGGUUGAUGAAUCAAACAGGGUCAACAGUUGACCAUACUGGAAGAGGUGGGAAUAAACACGCAGACGCCUUGGCAACCUUAGCAAGCAAAGUGUAA